AUGGCUGAUCCUCCCACCGAGCCCGGAGCAUACGACGACCGCAAGAAUGAUGUAGCGACUGCCGCCAGGACUAACGUUGGCAUUCGCGCUGUGAUCAAAGACAGCAACGGCAUGCUUGACCCCACUCCGCGAGGUGCUUGUAUCCCGGUCUUUGAGCGAAACCAGCAGCAGUCACCCUUUCUGAGGCUUCCUGGCGAAAUUCGCAACAAAAUCUACGGCUACGUCUUUGAAACGGUACCCGAGUGUUUCAUAUACUUGAUGGGCACAUUGCGUAUACCUGAAUGGAACAGCGGGUGUUUUCAUCUCAGUACAGUGUGUCGAACUAUGUACAAAGAGACUCGAUUCCUUUGCUUCACCAACGCUACGGUUUACCUAUCGUCAGCAUCCUUCGGAUGCGGAGUGGCACUGCGAGAUAUAUUUCCAGUGCAGCGAGAAGCCUUCUCAACGCUGGUCAUCUCCCACGCCAAUCUUCACGGAUUUAUGGCACGGGGCUUUCUUCGGGCUUCCCAGAAUUAUCUACCCGGUUUGGAGCGCGUCUUCUUGCAUGAUUUUUGGGGACAUCACGCUCCAUGUAUGGCGGGACAUCAAUUUUCGGCGAUGCAGCAGGAGGUUGGAGAGGAAGAGGCAAAGCCGUUUCGUGAGAUCGUCAAGGAGGGAGUCCAAGUCGAAUGCGGAUAUUGGGACCGAGAUGCCAUGUGA